AUGAAGACCGACGAAAAGCAGGACCCGUUUCGAUUGCGCGAAUUCAUGCCGGCGCUACAAGAGAUCAACUACAAUGCCGAUGCAGACCGGCUGCUGGCAGCGAGCCGAAUGGCCGACAAGGACGGCUAUGGCCCGUGCAGAAAGCGCGGAUUCGUGGAUCUGCCGCUCGAAUUGCUGGUGAUGAUCGUCGACCCUUUGGACUACCUCACCGUCAUGAACUUGGACAACCUCAAUCCCCGUCUGAAAGCCGCGUGUGCCAAGUAUCCGGUCAACUACGCUCGCUGCGCCCCAGUUAUCGCCGAAAAACGACACAAAUUCAUCGCUGGCCAGCGCGAGCAGAAUUGCCAGACCAAGGACCCUGCCUUGCUAGAUGGUCGACGCCUCGAGUUUUUCGUCCGACAUCGAGAUUGGCGUAAGCGCAUCAAGUGUGAGCUCAAUUUUUGGUGCGAGAAUUUCGUCGACUACAAUUGGAAGUGCGACGCGCUACUCGACGACAACCUCAUUUGGGAUAUCACGCUGCGCAACCCGACGAACGUUUGGACCGCAAGGUAUUUGAAUGUGGAACGCUGGCUGGGCCCUCUCCGAGGCUCCCUGCGCAUUGGAGGCGUUGCGAAAGCGGAGGAUUUCGCUCACAUGAAGCUGUUGCGGACCGGACGCCUGGCCUUUUACGUUCCGAACCCGGACGAUAAUUUCGUGGACCUGCUCAUUCAUUAUGUGGAAGAGUGGCUGGCUGGUGAGCGCGACAUUGAGACGAUUUGGGCGCAUUGGCGUGUAGGUGGCCUUGAUGCUUUUGGCGAAGAAACGCCCAAACGAGACCACCUAAAAGGACUCCUGGAGAAGUACGAAAUGCUGGCUGAGUCUGAGGGGAAAAGCCGCGUGCAGUUCGUCCGGACGGACGGCGAGCUGGUGGAGAUCCGGGUUCGCGAAACGGACGUCGUUAUCCAGGUGCCAGGAAGUACGACAAAAUUCAUCGGAUAUCAGAAGCGCCCGUCCGCCCGCGAGAGGCCUUUUCCACGUGAACUCCGGCUACAUUGUCACGAGGAAGCGCCGUAUUUC